GAAGCAACAUGUGAGCUUAAGUUGUGUGUUUGUGUUGUGAGCGACGUACAGAGGUUUGGUGCAUUUGGUGCCUCAAAGGUCAUAGACUGAGUCUGCUGUUCUUCCAGAUGAGGAUCAGCACCUCCAACUCUGAGGUCUGAGAGCGACACCUAGUUCAAAGCCUACUUCAGCUUGCUGCUCUGAGAGGCAGCAGCUGCGCUCCGAAUCUCUGACAGAUACCUGAGCGUGGCUCUGUCCCUCUGGGUUGGACACGUCGGGCCUGAGGAGCAGUGAGACAGCAGGUCUCUGGUUCAUUUCCUCAGCUCUUUUCUUCUUUCCAUCUUCCCCUCCUCAUUAUUCCUGACGUUUGCUGCGAGCUCCGGUUCAGGAAGUGAGUUCAGCUGGACGCUUCUCCGCUCGCUCGCUGCCAACAAGUGAAAGAGUUUUAUGUAACGAGUCUGGCCGCGGCUCAGAUUCUUCAACUGUUGCUCAUCUCGACAGGAGAGUCAUGUGACCCGAGAGGGAGAGAAAAACAGAUGCUGAGAGAGAGGAGACAAAGGAGGGCUGAAAGAAUCACACUCAGAGAAAAUAUGCUUUAGAUUCUCGAGGUUCCGGACCAUCACUCAUCCUGGUACCGGGUUCCCCACAGAACCAUGUCAUUGACUGAGGUUCUGACAGAAUGAAAGAUGAGAUGAGAUGUAGGGAGUGGGCUGGUGAGACUGGCGGACCAUCAUGCACCUCUUCUUGCUGCUGAUUCUUCAAACCACAGCAGCUCUCGCACAGAUCGACCCUGCACACUGCCGCUAUGCGCUGGGCAUGGAGGAUGGACGGAUCAAGGACAGUGACAUCACGGCGUCCAGCCAGUCGCACGAGACCACCGGACCUAAGUAUGCCAGGUGGAACCGUGACGAGGGGGACGGCGCCUGGUGUCCUGCGUGGCAGGAGACCUCCGACAGUCAGUACCUGCAGGUGGACCUGGGUCGACUCACCUUCCUGACCAUCAUCGGGACGCAGGGACGAUACGCUCGCAGCUCGGGGAAGGAGUUCGUCCAGGCCUACCGCCUCAACUACAGCCGAGACGGGCUGACCUGGCACAUGUGGAGGAACCGGCGCGGUAACUCAGAGAUCGAGGGCAACAAGAACGUCUACACGUCAGUUAUCAACGACCUCCAUCCUCCUGUCAUCACGCGCCACGUCCGCCUGAUCCCCGUCACCAUGCUGUCCACCAUCAUCUGCAUGAGAGUGGAGCUUUACGGGUGUCAGUGGGAGGACGGUCUGACCAGCUACAGCGCUCCGGAGGGUCAGGUGAUGAUGCAGCCCGGGUCUCCCUACAUCACCCUCAACGACUCCACCUACGACGGGACGCACGAGCGGAGGAGGCUGUCCGGGGGUCUGGGUCAGCUGACCGACGGCGUCAUCGGCCAGGACGACUUCAAGCUGACUCGGCAGUAUCCUGGGUGGCCGGGCUACGACUACCUGGGCUGGAGGAACGACUCGCUGGGAACUCGGGGACACGUGGAGAUGGAGUUUGUGUUCGACAGACCGAGGAACUUCACCUCCAUGAAGGUUCACAGCAACAACAUGUUCACUCGCGGCGUGAAGAUCUUCUCCUCCGUCUCCUGCUGGUUCAAGCCGAGACUCGCCAACAGUUGGGAGUCGGAUUCUGUCGACUUCACGACCGUGCUGGACGACCGGAACCCCAGUGCUCGCUACGUCACCGUGCCGCUGAACCGCCGUGCCGCCAAGUCGCUGCGCUGCCGCUUUUACUUUGCAGAUGUUUGGAUGAUGUUCAGUGAGAUCUCCUUCCAGUCAGAAGACACCCUCUUCCCGACCCAGUCCUCCAUGAUUGUGACCCCCUCACCCUCCGGCAGACCGCCCACCGUGGCCCCGACACCAAAGAGCAGUAUGACCUUUGACCUCGACACACUGGCUGUGUGUGUAGAAGAAUUUGACGAGUCGGUCUCCACAGCGGUCAGCCCCUCGGCCAGUGUUCUGCCCGACGACGGAAACACACCCAUCCUGAUUGGCUGCCUGGUGACCAUCAUCCUGCUGCUGGUCAUCAUCAUCUUCCUCAUCCUCAUGUGUCAGUGCGUUUGCAAGGUUCUGGAGAAGGGGCCUCGAAGGAUCCUGGACGAGGAGGUCACUGUCCGGCUGUCCUCCUGCAGCGACACCAUCAUUCUGCAAACCCCCCCAGUGCCCCCUCGAUCUGGACACGGCUCUGCAGGGCGCGCACACGCCGACACACACUACGAGCGGGUCUUCCUGCUGGACCCUCAGUACCAGAACCCGGCAGUGCUGAGGAACAAACUGCCCGAGCUGUCGCAGAGCGCUGAGGCAUCAGCCUGCGGCGGAGGCUACGCCGAGCCGGACAUCACCCAGUGCACGCCGCACCAGUGUUUCCAUAGCAACGCUCCGCAUUACGCAGAGACGGACAUCGUGCGGCUACAGGGUGUCACCGGCAGCAACAUGUACGCCGUCCCCGCCCUCACCGUGGACUCGCUGACCAGGAAGGACAUCUCUGCUGCAGAGUUCCCACGGCAGCGUCUUCUGUUCAGGGAGAAACUGGGCGAGGGGCAGUUUGGAGAGGUGCACCUGUGUGUAGCGGAAGGUCUCCCAGAAUUCCUGGGCGAGGGCUCGCCGCUUCCUGACAGAGAUGGCCGCUCUGUGUUGGUGGCGGUGAAACAGCUGAGAGCCGACGCCACCAGUCAGGCUCGCAACGACUUUCUGAAAGAGAUCAAGAUCAUGUCCCGCCUCAACGACCCCAACAUCAUCCGGCUGCUGUGCGUGUGUGUGUCGUCCGACCCACUGUGCAUGGUGACGGAGUACAUGGAGAACGGAGACCUCAACAUGUUCUUGUCGCAGCGCGAGAUCGAGAGCACACUGACACACGCCAACAACAUCCCCUCUGUCAGUCUGUCGGACCUGCUCCACAUGUCAGUCCAGAUCUCCUCGGGGAUGAAAUAUUUGGCCUCUCUGAACUUCGUCCACCGAGAUCUGGCCACCAGAAACUGUCUGUUGGACCGCAGACUGACCAUCAAGAUCGCAGACUUCGGGAUGAGCCGGAACCUCUACAGCAGCGACUACUAUCGGAUCCAGGGCCGAGCCGUGCUGCCCAUCCGGUGGAUGGCCUGGGAGAGCAUCCUGCUGGGCAAGUUCACCACAGCGAGUGACGUGUGGGCUUUUGGCGUGACGCUGUGGGAGAUCUUCACUCUGUGCAAGGAACAACCGUACAGCCUGCUGUCGGACGAGCAGGUGAUCGAGAACACUGGCGAGUUCUUCAGGAACCAGGGCCGACAGAUCCACCUGUACGCCCCUCCUCUCUGCCCUCCGUCUCUCUUCGAGCUGAUGAUGCGGUGUUGGGGUCGCGACAUCUCGGACCGGCCGUCUUUCGAGGGUCUUUACGAGGCUCUGCGGCCUCACGUCAGUCAGUGACCCCUAGCUGACCCUCAGGCCCACAUUCAGGAUUUUCCUCUGCAGAGGUUUGUGAAGAUUCCCGGAGCCGGGACUGGAGCCUGCAGCCGAGACUGAGCUGCUGUUUUUUUUCUGAAACUCUGAGGAGGAACUGUGAGACUUCGUCACUAUUAAGCUUCUUUUUUUCAUUCAGACAUUUCACGUCAUUUCCUGUCAACCUGCCAAGGCCUCACCAACUCUUUCCGGCAUCCUCGAGCGGAUUCUGUAGUCCCUCUGGUCCCUGUGGUUCCCCUGUAAAGCACUGUCUCUCAGUUCUUCCUGUCUAGCUAACCACACUGGAGCAAACGGGGGCGGGGUCAAAGUGUAGUGUUUUUUUUUUUAGAUGUUUAUUCUAUUUUAUUUGUAUUGUUAAACGUAGUUUCACUUUU